CCCGGCCCGGCCUGGCUCUAUGGACAGGAGCUCGCUGCUGCAGCUUAUCCAGGAGCAGCAGCUGGACCCUGAGAACACUGGCUUCAUCGGUGCGGACACCUUCGCUGGCCUGGUGCACCGCCAUGAGCUGCCCCUGGACCCGGCCAAACUGGACAUGCUGGUGGCCCUGGCCCAGAGCAACGAGCGGGGCCAGGUCUGCUACCAGGAGCUGGUGGACCUGAUCAGCAGCAAGCGCUCAAGCAGCUUCAAGCGGGCCAUCACCAAUGGACAGCGGGCACUGCCCCAGGACGGGCUGCUGGACGAGCCAGGCCUGGGUGUCUACAAGCGGUUCGUGCGCUACGUGGCCUACGAGAUCCUGCCCCGAGAGGUGGACCGCCACUGGUACUUCUACCGGCACCGCAGCUGCCCACCCCCCGUGUUCAUGGCUUCGGUCACCCUCGCCCAGAUCAUCGUGUUCCUGUGCUACGGGGCCCGUCUCAACAAGUGGGUGCUGCAGACCUACCACCCCGAGUACAUGAAAAGCCCCCUCGUAUACCACCCUGGCCACCGUGCUCGGGCCUGGCGCUUUCUCACCUACAUGUUCAUGCACGUUGGGCUGGAGCAGCUGGGGUUCAACGCACUCCUGCAGCUGAUGAUCGGGGUGCCCCUGGAGAUGGUGCAUGGCCUGCUCCGCAUCAGCCUGCUCUACCUGGCUGGUGUGCUGGCAGGCUCCCUGACCGUCUCCAUUACUGACAUGCGGGCCCCUGUGGUGGGGGGCUCCGGCGGGGUCUACGCCCUGUGCUCUGCACACCUGGCCAAUGUCGUCAUGAACUGGGCUGGGAUGAGAUGUCCCUACAAGCUGCUGAGGAUGGUGCUGGCCCUGGUGUGCAUGAGCUCCGAGGUGGGCCGGGCCGUGUGGCUGCGCUUCUCCCCGCCACUGCCUGCCUCGGGCCCACAGCCCAGCUUCAUGGCACACCUGGCGGGCGCGGUGGUGGGUGUCAGCAUGGGCCUGACCAUCCUGCGCAGCUAUGAGGAGCGCCUGCGAGACCAGUGUGGCUGGUGGGUGGUGCUGCUUGCCUAUGGCACCUUCCUGCUCUUCGCCAUCUUCUGGAACAUCUUUGCCUACGACCUACUGGGUGCCCACAUUCCCCCGCCACCCUGA